GAAGAACAACGCCGGAAGAAUGGGGUACACCUCCGUUCUCGCGGCGAGAAGCAGGGCGGCGGCGGGCGGCGGCGGCGGGCGGCGGCGCCGCCAAGAAAAGGCCGAACAAGAAGAAGAAUGAGAGGAAAAAUCAAGUAUUUGAGAUUGAUGAAGGCGACGUUGACAAUGAAUUGGCUGCCGUUGAAUAUGUUGAAGACAUCUACAAAUUCUACAAACUAAAUGAGGAUGAAUGGAGAGUGAAGGAUUAUAUGAGAAGCCAACCAGAGAUCAAUUCAAAGAUGAGAUCAAUUCUUGUGGAUUGGCUGAUUGAUGUUCACAAGAAGUUCCAAUUGACGCCGGAGACUCUGUAUUUGACGGUGAAUCUCAUCGAUCGGUUCCUCGCCGUCAGAACUGUUCCCCGGAGGGAGCUCCAGCUCGUCGGAAUCGGAUCCAUGUUGAUCGCCUGCAAAUACGAAGAGAUCUGGGCGCCGGAGGUGGCCGAUUUCAUCCAGAUCUCGGAUAAGGCGUACGGCCGGGACCAGAUCCUCGCCAUGGAGAAGACGAUCUUAGGGUUUCUCGAGUGGUACUUGACCGUCCCGACGCCGUACGUCUUCCUCGCGAGGUAUAUCAAGGCGGCGGUUGCGGUGGCGGAGGAGGAGGAGGGGAAGGAGGAGCUCGAGAACAUGAGCUUUUUCCUGUCGGAGCUAGGGUUGAUGGAUUACGCGACGGUGGUUGAUUUCAGGCCGUCGAUGCUGGCGGCGGCGGCAGUUUAUGCCGCGGGGUGGACGAUGAAAGUCGUCGCGGUUCGCCGGUGGACUGCGACGCUCCGGCACCACACCGGCUAUUCGGAGGAGGUUGCAGCUUGUGCCAGGAAGCUGGUAGGGCUCCAUUCUGGAGUUGCGAAGAAUAAGUUGAAGGCGGCGUACAGGAAGUUCUCCGUUCCUGAUAGGGGCGCCGUCGCUCUCUUCCCGCCGGCGACUGCUCUGCUAUUGACCACCGCUGGAGCUCGGUCCUCUUGAAUGUCUAAUUCAAAUUUCUUCGUCUUUAUGGUUCAUGUCUUUAUGGCCAAAAUACAAUUACAAGUAUAUCCCUUGUUUUUUUUAGUUUACAUAUAAGGGGUUGUUAAAAAUUCAAAUCAAGCCAUUUUUUUUUAGUAUAUCCCUUGAUUGGGAUGGAUUGAUGGAAUAUGUUAAAAAUUCAAAUCAAGCCAUUUGAAGAAAUAUUUUAUCCCUCU